AUGCAUCCGUCCCAGCAAGAAGGGGGGAGUUCACCACAACAGGGGAUGCAGGGCAACUAUAGACAGUUUGUCACUACAUUGCUGGACAGUUCCACCAACAAAUUGGUCCAGAUCACAUCCCAGCCUCCGCCGGAUUACGUGGCUGUUAAGAAGAGGCGCAACAGGGUCUCCAUUUCAUGUAUGAGCUGUAAGAGAAGAAAAGUUAAAUGUGAUCGGAAAAGGCCCAUCUGCGGUAGUUGUCAGAAACAUGGUUAUUCCGUGUGUGUCUAUGUGGACAAUGAGAAUUACGAAUCAAACAAAAUACGCAAGCAAGACACCUACCAAGUUCCUAAUAUGGAAUCGCUAUUGACCCCGAAGAGGUUAUAUAACAACGACAUCCAUGGAUUCGGUGGCUUAGAUUCCACCACUAUAAGUAAAGAUUCACUUGAAAUCAACAAUAACAAGGUCAAUUAUAAUGAAAUCAUUUCUACAGAAAAAACAGAUGAUAAUAACUACACUGCACUUGAAGCGGUCGAUACUGCGGAUACAAGUAUCAGCUCUUCGCAGGCACAGAGUAGGCUCCUUUACUAUGAUAGAAAUAACCAAGCGCACACAUCGAAUACGGUUUCGCCGCAUAGCCUGGACGGGAAUCCUAUAGAUAAUUUCAACAAACUACUCGAUACAUUAGAUGACUUGAAAUUAACGCAUGUGCAGAAUGAUGAUAUUGAUCAAUUGAGGGAUAAAAUUGAGCAUUUAAGAUUUUAUUUGGAUGAUAAUUCAAUUACCAACUCUAAGAUUUUGAGAGGAUUGACGACAAUCACCGACUUAAGACUAUUGCCAGUUUUGGAAACAAAUUCUUCCGUGUCUCUAGACUCAUUUGAGCAGCAGUUUGCAUCGACUUCAAUUACUAGCUUUGUUGGUGCUGAUCAUUGUUUAGGGACUAUAUUCAAAAAAUCAUUGCCUAAAAUUGAAAAUGAUCUCAGAAAAUGGAAAUCGUAUUAUUCCAUAGAAAUCUACUUCAAAGCAUUGGAGAAUGUAAUUAUAUCCGAAGCCUAUGACUUUGACAGGAAUGUAAGUCUGGAACAAAUGAAAGUUUUGAAAUUUAAGUCCAUUUGUAAACUAUUGGAAGACUAUUUCCUAAGUUAUGACAUCUUUUCGGAUCUUUUAAAGGCUUCUUCCGAUAUCCUGAAAGUUGCGGUACCUGUUGUGCCUCAAAAUCUAAUUAACUUCUUGAAAUCAAAGCAUUUUGUCAAAUCACCCAAUGGCAAACUAGAAAUCAUUCAUAUUGAAACUGAUGAUGACUUCAGUGAAGUAUUGCUUAUUUUGGCAGUAUUGCGUUUUGGAUUGCCAAAAUCAGAAAACGUUAUCCGGACACCAGAUGAGGUCAAUUUUAGAAAUCUAUUGAAGGAGGAAAGCAUUCUAACCGAUAAUAAAACGGAUUUGUUACACUCUUUUCUGAAAAUUAUUUUGAAUGAGACAGAUUUAACCCAAAAGUAUAACAUUCCGAUUUUAGGUACAUUGAUGCUAUUAUUUAUGAUCCAAUAUACACAUCGUUUCAAUUUUAAAUCUGGUAACACUGGCAUUGGCCUAAAUUUUGGUAUAAUGGCCGUAUACAUGGCUGUUAAUUUAGGUGUUUAUAAUGAUGAGGUACCACCACUAAACUCAAAGAAUUACAAGUACUUGAAAUUUUUCAGUAAGCAUGAUUUUCACAACAUUUGGAACUUGAUUAUGUUUGUGGACACUUUCAGUUCAUUCAACUCGGGUAUACCACAAUUGAUCAGCUCCAAUAUGGAUAAUAUAUUUGUCACCAACUUUGUAAAUGAGAACUGUGCUAGAAUUUGCCAAUUUUACAGGAAGGCUUUUAGAUUGGCAAAUACAAAAUACAAUUGUAACAAUAAAGAGAAAAACCAAAACAUCACUAUCAUCCAAUAUGAGCGGUAUGUCCUUGAGUUUGAACACUUCUUUGUUAAUAAAAUUGAACUAGCAAGCGAAUCUAUCAUGAAAAAUGAUAUUAUAGGGGUAGCCAAUUCAAUUAGAGCCUCAAAUCUACUAUUGUUUCUGUAUUAUAAUAGUUAUUUCUCAUUUUUCAAAACGUUCAGAGAAUUCGAAUGUAACGACGAAAACAAAAAAAAACAAAACUAUGGUAGUAUAAUCAAUGAGUUUAGAGAAUUGGAAAGUAGACUGUUUGAGAGGUGCAUCAAGUUGUCCAUUAUAUGCCUCAUUGAUAUUGAUAUAAUGUUAGUUUCCACCUUUGCUGAAGGGGACGGCUCGUUUUAUGAGAAAUAUUCGUUUGAUUUAAUACAGGUUUUCACCAGAAUAAUUUACACAUUAACAAGUUGUAUUUGCAAAAUGAUUUCAACUAAUAAACAAACACAAAGAAGGGUUCCUAAUACUGAUAAAAGCUAUACGUUUUUAUUUGAUAUAUCUAAAACUCAAUCAGAACAAUUGGCAAAAUAUUUUGUGGCAAGCCAGUGCACACCAACCACCGAUGGGAUGCCAUUAACUGAGCAUUUUAAUCCUGAGAUUGUCCAUAUGUUUAAUGAAGUUAGUGAAUUAUCGAAAAACCCUUCUGCCAUGAUAAAACUGCUAAUUGGUUUCUUUUUUUACACUUCAAGGUCUCUUAUUUCUCAGAAUUUCAUUUACUAUGCCCUUUAUAAGUACUUUGUUAUGGCAGUUAAACAAUUGGAAGAAUCAACUUGCACUUGUGAUGAGUUUGAUAUUGACACCUUUGAAGAACAUUUUUCAUAUGUGGAUUGUACAUGGUUUAUCAAUAAGUAG